AUGGAAUGUGAGAAACCCCCGUCGGAGUUGCCAUCCGUGGGGAUGGCGACGUCAACAACAGAGCAUUGCUCUCAUCUAUCAAAAACUUCUGCUCACGAAAUAAGUCGGAAUAGCGUAUACUGCAUUUACAGCAGAAAAUCACUGAGCCAGGUAAAUCACAACAUACACAUGAAGCAGAUUCGAUGCAAGGUGAAACUAGAACAGUAUUAUUUGCAAUACGAGAUCAGAAAUUGGAAAAGAUCGUCGGUCACGAUGAUUCAGAAACACGGACCAAUGUUCGAGAAGGUGGGUUUAAGCGCACCUCAGAAACAGACAGGAAGUAGAAAGCGAAAUCAAAAACCAGUGGGCGUUUCGUUGAAUCCUCAUUGCUCCGAAAACGACAAACCGAAUUAA